CCGACAUCCCGAGCACGUGUAUGUACUGUCUAUCUAUGCGUCUCGGCCCGCGUCUGUGAGUAUCUUUGAGGGGUGGGCCGAGUGCCAAGCCGCCAGGGCAGAGAGCGUGGUGGCACUAGAAGUCACUGGCACUAGAAGGCACUCAGCGAACGCGCACACGAAGCGCCUUGAGCCUGCAUCCAACUGUGCCUCGCUCACUCGCCGCUCGCCGUCCGUUCGGAGAAGCUCUACGCUCACUCUCUCUACUCCUGAAAUAGCAGCUUUAUUUACAGCUGACUUCAGUGGUGUUACCAUGGAAACCGUCGGGAACUUUUCAGAGGAAUUUUGGAACAAGGAGGUGGGCGAUUUCAGUGGAUGGGAGAUCGUCAACCAGCGCAUUAAGGAGAGCAACAAAGUGACGUCACUCUACGUCGGAUUCCUAAAGCAGGUGUCCUCAGCAAUGGAGGCGUUCGGGAAAUCGCUGCUGAGAGUUACACAGAACUGCAGACUUCCUGACACAGAACACGGACACCUGCGAACCUCCUUGGAGCGAGUGAGGCGGUCGGUGGCGGCGUGGGGGCAGGACAGCGUGUCCGCCGCCGCCGCCCUGGACGAGCAGGCCGUCCGGGUGAGCGCCCACGCCACGCAGGCCAAGGACGUGCGGAAGAAGACGGAGGACGGAGUGAGACUGAAGCAGAAUCAGCUGAAGGACAACCUAAAGAAGCUGCAUCAGGCCAAACGUCAUGCAAAGAUGAAGAUGAAGGACCGCGUCGAGGCCGAAUUCCAACAGAUGGCGCUGGCCAACAGAAUCGAGUCCAAACCCCGAGAACUGGAGAAGGCAAUGCAAGGGAUACAGCGUGCAAUAGAGACACAACAGGAAGCAGAGAGUCAGUUUAGCGAAGCAGUCAUUUCCACAAACCAAACUCUUAAGUCUUUUACUGAUACGGCCAGCCUAUCAUUCACCACCAUGCAGAGCAUCGAGGAGGCGAGAGUGAAGCUUUUGAGAGAAUCCCUGUGGGCUGUUGCUAACAUCUGUUCUCUUCUAGCUGUUCAAGUUGAUGAGCAACAAGAGUGCUUGCGAGUGGAUGUGUUAGCUGUGGACGUGACUCAUGAGCUUUCGUCGUGGGUCAUCAAGCACAGAACUCUGCAGUCGGCCCCUCUCCCCUUGGUCUACGAAGCCACGCCCUACUUUUCUCCCGCGGGGCUAAACACGCCCCUCUCCACGCCCUAUUCUUCGCCUGCGUCCUCCGCGCGCUCCACGCUGACGAGGGACGCGAACGACAGCGAUACUUCGAGCAAUUGCGCCACGCCCACUUCCUUGUACGAAGCCAAAGCCAUGUACCGAUUCUCUGCAAGGGUGUGUUCGAAUACUCAGUCUCGUCUUGAAGUUAGCGACAGUGAAAUCUCCUUGGCUGAAGGUGAUGUUGUCGGAGUCAUGAAUGAUUCAAACGCCGACUGGGUUUUGGUGAGAAAUAAAACUGGGGGUCAAGGCUUUGUGCCUGCCGCUUUCGUCAAACCUAUUAGCGUAGAGUAAUGAAGGUAGAUUAUAUAGAUUUUUGUGUAUAUAUAUAUAUAUUUUUUUUUUUACUAUUAUUUAAAAAAAAAUAUUUAGGAUUUGUUAUAUUUGUAUUGGCUAUUGUGUGUGUGUGUGUGUGUGUGUGUGUGUGUGUGUG